CAGUAUACGGUGCUGGGUGAUCGCUGACAGGCUGUCUUGCUUCUCAAUCUUCUGUGUCUAAACUGUCAAUCACUCCCUCUUAUCAUUUUGCGACAGACUUAGUGCUUGCGAUCCUCCGCCAUUGAGGCUUCUCAGUCAAGAUGGACGACCCGGCGACCCGUGUUCCCGCGCAGCUGCUGCCGCAUAUGCAUCUGGUGUCGCGGCAACGCUACCCUUUGAUGCAUAUGAUGCCUACAGACACUGUUGUCGAAUACCUGCUCGGCGCAGCCAAGGUUGUGCGCGAACAGCAACCGAUGCACUGGACCUUCCUCGAUGCGCCUCAAGAUGGGUCGGUUAUGCUUACAUGGCAGCCCCUCAACCAACUCGGAACCAAUUUCGCUAGUGAUGGAUAUGUUUGGGCCGAUGUCGAACAGGCGUUCACCUUUGAUGCUCGCGGCUACACAGUAGAGAUGUGGCUACACCGUAGCGGAUAUCACCCUCCGAACGAAUCCGUGGCAAUCCACUGCCGUCGCCGGUAUCGUCUGCUACCACCGAAGGUUCCCAACCCCAACCUGCCCAACCCCGAUCCCGCCUUGUGGAUCGUCCACUACACGAGAGCGCCUCCUCAAGACCAUAUCCCUGCGAGCCGGAUUCCCGUCAUACCUCAAGUGCAGAACAUGCUAGCUCAGCGGCGCUUCUUGCAGAGCCAAGGCCAGCUUGCCCGCAAGGACUUCAUGCUGCACGAUCGGAACAACUGGCCCGCCAUCAACUUCCCCCCACACAUGGCGCCUCAGGGCUUUCCGCAGAUGCCCGGAGCUUACCCGAGUGCCAUGGUCGGACGUCAACCCUUCUACCCUCCUCCCGGACCAGGCGUGCCACCUCCCGCCGCUGCCCCGCCGGCCAAGGCCGCCCGCGGGCAUCGCGCUUCCUCCACCGCGGUGAACGCUGCCACCACGGAUUUUGCCCUGGAGGACGAAGAUGUCUCAACCGGGGAUACCAUGGAUCUCCUCACACCUCGCGAGAUCAGUAAAGUGCGCUACACGCAACAUCAUGAGUGGAUGGAGGAGAUAUUCGCUUCGCCAUAUGCCAUCAGUCAAAUCACACCCGUCUCUCUGGGCCUGGGCCGGAAAGGUGCACUCGAAUCAUUGACGGCCGGCUUUUUCGACGCACCAGUAGGACCUGCAAACGGGGAAUCAAAAGACGCCACCGCCCCCUCGCAGGCGGAGAAGUUGGAACCCGCCAAGGCCGAGGAGUUCGCUGAUCGGGUUGCUAAGAAGGUCGCUGAUAUGACUGCUGAGAUCGAGAAGCUAAAGAAGCGUCACGCACGUCGAAUGGAGAAGUUCAACCGCACCUCUCUACUCAAGGACGCAGAACUCCGACUCCGGGAAGCCGCAGCGGAUCCCGCAGAGACAGGCUCGGAGCCAUGGAGAUUGGAAGGUCGCCUGGUGCUUCCCUCGGAAGAAGAUGACUCGCAGGCGGCUCACGUUGAGAACCCGGCCAAGUACAAAGUGGACGAUAUUGUGCGGGAUGUGGAGAAGGUGUGGCAGAGGCAGAUUGUACCGGAGCCUCGAGUCUCUUGUGUGCAGAAAGGUGGUCUGCUCGAGAAAAUCGAACCAGAGCAGAAGCCUGAGUCUCAACCUGAGGGUGACAUUGACAUGGAGAAUGCCGACAGCCACUUCUUGGAUCAGCUGGGCUCACCGGGAACCGCCGCAGGCGAGUCAACAAUCCAGGAUGCCGGCCAGACUGGGCCAGCACAUGUUCCUAACCCGGCCGGCGCAGCUGGAGCGGGUGGGGCAGUCCCACAACAGCCUCGACCGGCAGCGCACGUCCCUCAGCAGGGCCCGUCUGCCUCUUUGGAUAUCGAAAUGGAUAUGGGCGACCAGCAACCUGCGAGUGCCGCCGGGGAGACUGGAGACUGGGUGAUGGUCAACGAAGAGAAGAAGGACCAGCCUGUACCUGGCGAUAGCUCUUUACCUGGUGUCGAUACCCCGGGCAGCGGCCUCCAAGGAUUGACCCCCGGCAACGCAGGCAGUACCGGGGACAAUGGUCUGGAUGGUGCCAACUUUGACUUCACCAACAUGGACAGCGCUGGCGACGCACUCGCCGCAUACACCGAGCAGAAUGAUGGCCUUGACCUUCCCGACCUGGAGAACUCGGCCUUCGGAGACGCUUUCCAUGCGUCGGAUAAUGAAAAUACCCACCAUCACGAUGCUGACGACAUGUCGUAAGAGAGACGGCUGCCGACGUGGGUGUUUCGGGAUAGUUCUAGAUGUCUUGUAAUGAUUCGGUGCGGUGUUGAUGGUAUGAUAUUCAACCACUUGGUUUGGCGCUAAAUUUGUUUCUUUCGGUCGUCUUCCGGCCUUCGCAGCGCUGUCCGGUAUAGGUCGAGGUGGAGACCAGUGUAGAGAUAGGAGUAAGCCAUCUUGCUAUUUUCUCCUGGAUUCGAAUCAAUCAGGUGAC